AUGAUGUACGUUGAUAUUAUGUUUAAUCUUUUCAAUAUUCAAGGUGGAAAGAAGAAGCCAUUAAAGGCCCCAAAGAAGGAAGGAAAGGAAUUAGAUGAGGAAGACAUUGCCUUCCAAAAGAAACAACAAGAAGAGGCUAAACAAUUGAAGGAGAUGCAAGCCAAAGCAAAAGCAGGUGGACCACUCGGAGGUUCAGGCAUAAAAAAGUCAGGAAAAAAAUAG